AUGAGCAAUAUGUUUGCAAUUAACAUAAGGACUCAGAAAACUGAUUUGUUAGUUCUGAGACUAUCAGACGCAACUGAAAUUAUAUACGUUGAAGUAUCUAGAUCACCUUAUAAAUCAAAAAAGAAACAUACAGUCAGAGACGCAAAAAAAUUACUAAUGAUGGCUGUUUGUAAUUUAUGUAGAAUAUUGAUGAAUAAUUUUGAUUGUCCAAUUGAAAUUGCUAAGAAAGUUAGAUUGUAUAGUAUACAAGCAAUUAGGAAUAAAUUGAUAUUAUUUGCUGUAUCACUUGUUGAUAAUAAAAAAUAUUUGGCUAUUGAAUUGGCUUCAUGCAUAAUUCUCUAUUCACUUAAAACUAUUAAAUGCUACACAAAAAUCUUUAAUUUUUUCAAGAUAAUAAGGAACAAGUUUAUUAAACAAGAAAAACUUCUAGAAAAAAUUUAUUCUUUUGUGUUCUUAGUUGAUGAUGAUACCAGUGACCUAUGA